UUAACGAGACAGGAAGUAAUAGAUAUUUGGGAAAGCCCCUUUUUAGAUUUCCCAACUAAUGAAAUUGCUGUGUUUGUUGUUUACAUCAUUAUUAGCAUCCUGUGGGACAAUAAAAUGUGAUUAAACCAGUUAAAACAGUUGACUAUGGGUAGCUUUUACUCGUUCUUAACCAAGAAAAUGUUUGAAGAUGAAGAAGAAGCAGAUUAUGACUUUCCUACGACAUUAGAAGGAUUUGGAUACCAUUUCAAUGAAGAUGGACAGUUGAGGAAUAUAGAAACAGGCAAUGGCUAUAACUUUGUAGAAAAAGAAGAUAACCAUAGAUAUAACCAGAAAAGAUAUGAGGCUAUUGGUGAUAUCAUAACAGACUAUGUCUAUGAACUUCUAGAAAAAGAAGGUUUAGAAAGAGUUAGCAUUCCAUUAGAUGCUGAAGCAGAUGACCCUACUUCCUUCUUCUUCCAAUCAAAAGAUGCACAGAGUAAUACAGAUAAAUUAUUGAUAUUAAUCCAUGGUUCAGGGCCAGUGAAAGCUGGACAAUGGGCAAGAAGAUUGAUAAUGAAUGACUGCCUGGAAAGUGGUACACAGCUUCCAUAUAUUAAAUGGGCCAUGUCCAAUGGCUAUGGUGUAAUAGUAGCUAAUACCAAUAUUAACACUGCCAAAGUAGGCAAAACCAAAAAGAAAAUAAGGGGAAGUGAGAGUCCAGAAAAACAUACUACAUACUUAUGGGAAACAUUUGUUCAGCCUGCCCAGGCUAAGAACAUAGCCAUUGUUGCUCACAGUUAUGGUGGUGUGUGUGUUUUAAAUUUGGUGAACACUUUCUUGAAGGAAUUUCAGGCGAGAGUGUUUGCUAUGGCCUUUACCGAUUCUGUCCACAGUUUUCAACACCAAGAAACAACAGAGGAGACUGUUAAAUUCUUUGUUGAGCGAGGUGUAAAUUGGGCAUCAUCUUAUGAUAAAUUAGACACAAAGUUAAAGACACAUGUAGAUUAUACCCCAACUCUUUCAGCAGGGACAGACAAGCAUGAAUUAACCUCAUACACAAGUAUGAAAUCUAUAUUUAAAUUUAUAACAAAAAAAUAUUGUGAGCAAACAGGAACACCGCUGCCAGAAGGCUUUGAUGAUACACCAGAGGAAGCUGAUGAAAAUAAUUCAUCCAAAGAUACAGAAAAUCUAGAAACACCUAUGUCUCAGGACAUGACAGAAGAUUCACAGAUGUUGCAAGAUGUGAAUGAAGAAUCGCAAAUGUCGCAAGAUGCAGAAAGUCAAGAAACUUCUGAAUUGAAAGACACUAAUAAAGAAGGAACAAUGUCACAAGAGACAGUUCCAUCAGAGGACAAGAAACAAACUUCACAAACAUCUCAGGAUGGGAAAGAGACAAAAGACAAUGUAAAGUCAGAACUGUAAAUAUUAAAUGGGGAUAUUGAUAAUGGAUUGUUACAUAUAAAUUGAUUGCAUCAACAUGUCUAUCUUAACUCCAGCUAACAAAAUGACAAUAGAGUUCGUUCAUUUAUUCAAGUUCAACUUUUAACAAUUAAUGGUGAAUAAGCCCUUCCUCAAUCUAAUUGAGGGUCUAUAGAUGGGUGUCCUCCAGAAGAAGGUGUAAGAUACUUUAUAUGCAUAUUAACUAAUUGUUUUGCUGUGUGUCCUUAUUACCUUAAAAAGUGAUUUGUGAGAAACUGUCAAUAUUUGUUAUGUUUUUGAUUUUUGAUUCAUUGACUUAUACAUGUACCCCACAUCUGCUUUUAUUUAUAUUAAGUAUGCACUGUAUUUUAGUUCAUAAAAAUUAUGCAUAUUUUAAGAAGCUCAAACCUUGAUUUUUUUAUAGCUUGCUUUAAAAGUUAAAAGUUGUUUUUUGAAAAUUUUAAAGCAAAUAAACAUCUAGAGAUUGGUAAACGUUAAAGGUACAGUACAUAUUUUUUCAUGUUUGUUGUUGGAACAGAAAUGAGUUUUCAUGGGUUGUAGCAAAUAGAAGUAAAUUAAAGCAUAUUGGAAAUUAUGGCAUUAUUUUGAGACAAAGUAUUUAAAAAAAAUUGUCAAGAAAGAAAAGAAGUUGUUUAUGAAUUAAAAAGAGAGUAUCAAAGAAUUGUGAUCAACAUGAAAUUCAUUAAAGAACAAAAAAGUUAUCUCCUGAAUUUUAUACUUUUGGUUAACUGGGGGCAUUUUAUAGCUGGCAUAAGGUUAUGAGUCUUUUCUCAUGGUACUCGAUCAUGUUUUGGCAUAAUAUGUACCUGUUUGAUAUUUACAUUUUCUUACUAUGUUUAGUGGAAGUUUAUCUUAGGAACCAUAUUAAAUGUCUUUAUUGUAAAAACAUCUUCAAGAAGAUUUGAAACAAAAGUGUAUACAGUGUUAUAAUUCAAAAAGUGUAACGGCAUUUUAAUCCCAAUCCUGUGGUUUUCCUAUAGCCUGACAGCUUAUUUUAUAUGCAUUAUUAGUAUUUGCAUGUAAAAUGUGCAUUUUUGUAUUUUUAUAAACUAUUUUUUAUCUAUGACAGUUUUAAAAGAAGAAAUUUUUAAAAUAAUAAAAAUUUGAAAAGAAACUUAAAUUGAUAAUUCUAGUAAUCGAUAAUGAUAAUCUGUCAAAAAAAGAAUUCAUCAGGCAAAGAAAAUCAAUUCAGUUUAAACAGUAUUUUAUUCUGAUAAAUUAAAUUGGAUUGGGCAAAAGGCAUAUGAUAGAAUAUGUAAGACAUCUCCACUGAUUUCAAUUUAAUAAAGUUUAGUUUAAACAGUAUUUUAAUUUUAAUUUGAAUGCUGAUGUGAAAUUAAAGUUAUAAUUACUUUUCUUAUGUCUGCUUUUAGACAUACUAUGCCAUGGCUUGUGAAGUGACUUUACAUCUUUGCAUAAUUAAUGAGCUCUGUAUUAAAAGAUAACAAUCAAAAAAGGAAUUUUGCUCUUAAUUACAUUCAUUUGAGUUCAGAAACAUAUUUUUUCAAUGAGAUCAAUAAAAUUUACAAAAUUUUUCACAGCUGUUCAGUUUUCACUCCAAAGCAAAUUUUUUUUAAAAUUUUAUAAAUUUUCAAGAAGAAAUCUUUAAUUGCACAGUAUUGCACAAUAGAUUUGUAAGAUGUUGACAUUUGUUUUAUGUCAGAAUGUCAAAUGUCAAAUAAUUGAUAAAAAUCCAAAUUCAGACAGUAUCAAGCUUGAAUAUUGUGUCCAAAUUAGGCCCAACUGUUCAGGAUUCAACCUCUGCGGUUGUAUCAGGCUGUGCUCAGCGAAGCAUUUUAUUGUAGGUGUGUUCCGGUUGAUUUUUUUAAGAAUUCAUGUUGAUAUUGCAAAAGAGAUCUCAAAAUUGUAUGACAUUAGUUUUAGUAGAGCUACAACACAUUUAAAAAUUCAAAUAAAUUCAUCAGACACCAGGAACAGAUAUUUUGUUUAUUAAUUUUGAUUUUUUCAUUUCCUUUUUAACAUGAAACAAAUUCUUUUUCAAUAAAAAAUUCAACAAUUUGAAAACAAAAAAGUAACAUGCUCUCUCCUCCCUUUACACACACACACAGGGUGAUUUGAUCAUGCCUUAUCUGAUAAAAAUAGUAAGAAUUUGGUUUUCAUAGUAUGAUUUAACAACUUUCUGUAAUUCAGUAAUUGAUUGACAGGUUGUCUAUUUAUCCACAUGGAAAUGUACUUCACAAAACAUUUGUCAGUCAUUUACAAAUAGUAGAAACUUGCAGACUGCUUUGUAUGUAAUGCACACUAAUUUAUUUUGUGAGUGGCAUUAUGUAUCUUUCUGAUUGCUGUUGACACUAAUGUGUAUAUUAAUGAAAGUAUUUUAAAAAUGCUGAUAUGAAAUAAAUAUUGAUAUAGUAAA